CCGUUUCAAAAAAAUUGCACCUCCUUUAUUCUCCCUGUCUUUUCCCACCUCUUUUGCUGUCUCAAAGUCUCAACUCCCAAAAAAAAAACCAAGACCACCCCCUCUCCUCUCUCCCUUUUCAUGAAAAAAGAAAGAAAAGUGAAUAAAAAAGAGGCAAAGGAAAAAACUGAAAGGCCCACAAGGCCACACAAAUGCACUCCCUCCUCUAUAUGUUCUGUCACACCCUUUUCUCUGGUUCCCACUUGAGGUAAAUAGGUAAGCAAGCAACUCGUUCUGAGCUAGGGAUUUCACAGUUCAAUCCCCACCAAUGAUGCAAAUCUUGAAUCUUCAUUGGUACUGAGAAACGUUUUGUUGCUUUUUUUUUGUCUAAAUAAUAAAGGAGAGAAAUGUCCGCCAUGACUAGAAGUGGGUUGCUUCUGUUUCUCACGCUCCUGCUCCUAUCUGGGUCUCUGUCUUCUGCUGCAGUCUCUCCCUCGCCCUCAAGAGUUGUGAAUGGUUUUUUGUCAAAUGCGGUAUCUAAGCUGAUGAAAUGGUUUCGGUCUUUCAGGGCUACUACUAAAACAGUGGCUUCUGGCCGUCCGAUGGUGAAGUUUGAGAGUGGGUAUACAGUGGAAACUGUUUUUGACGGAAGCAAGCUUGGGAUUGAGCCUCACACGGUGGAGGUCUUGCCCAGUGGGGAGCUCCUCAUUUUGGAUUCUGCUAAUAGUAAUCUUUACAAGAUUUCUUCCGCUCUCUCUCAACACACCAGACCAAGGUUGAUUGUUGGUUCUGCGGAUGGAUACUUCGGACAUGUGGAUGGUAAAACGAGGGAAGCAAGGCUGAACCAUCCCAAGGGGCUUACUGUUGAUGACAAGGGAAAUAUUUACAUCGCAGAUGCUGAUAAUAUGGCAAUUAGGAAGAUUAGUGAAACAGGAGUAACAACAAUUGCAGGAGGCAAAUGGAGCCGUGGAGGUAUGGGUCAUGUUGAUGGACCAAGUGAAGAUGCAAAGUUUUCAACCGACUUUGAUGUGGUCUAUAUUGGAAGUAGUUGCUCUCUCCUUGUCAUAGACAGAGGAAAUCAAGCGAUCCGGGAGAUCCAGCUUCAUUUUGAUGAUUGCGCUUACCAGUAUGAAAGUACCUUUCCUUUAGGUAUUGUAGUACUUUUGGCAGCCGGCUUCUUUGGUUACAUGCUAGCAUUGCUCCAGCGCAGGGUGGGAAGCAUGGUAUCUGCUGAAAAGGUUGAGAAAACGACUGUUACUUAUAAUCCAUACGAGAAACGAGUCAUGGCAUCAGCGGCGGCAGCAAUGCAACCUCUAUUCCCACAUGAUGGCCCGGAGGAGAAGCAAGAAGAGACCAUCAUGGGAUCCAUGGGGAAGCUGGCUGUCCAUGCGGGAGAAUGUUUGGUUGACAUAUUCAGAAGCAUUUUCCCCAAGAGGAAGCAGCAAGGAUGGCAAGCUCAGGACAGCUAUGUGAUACAAGACGGAGAUGAACCGCCUUCGAUUGAUUCAAGGUCACCAACCCCACUAAAGAUGAAGAACUACGCUUUCAUGACAAAGGAGGCUGAGGAGACGGUGCAAAAGCUUCAAAGCAGGACUGCCUUGUACAUUUCACCGAGGGAGUCCUCUGAGUUUUACCUCCCGACUAGGAGGCAGCAGCAUUUGAAUCACCAUAAUUAUCUUUCAACGGGGCCAGAAACUGUGUAUGAGCAAAGCCCAGAAAGAACAAAUGAAGUUUUAUUUGGGGCCGCUGUGCAGGAGGCUGACGGGACCCACGGCUAUCCUAAUAACUAUCAUUAUGAUUAUGGUUAUGGGCAGUAAUCACGUAUGUACAGAAGAAUUUGCUUCUUCGAUGAUGUAUAGCAUUAUGAGCCUAGGAAAAAGAUUUUGGAAAACAAAACAAAUAUGGAUGUAUUCAAUUAUUAUUGGUGUCCCAUUCAUAUGAGUCUACUAUAUUAUAUCUGAUCUGAUGUUAUAAAAACGGAGUAUUAGUAUGUAUUAUUAAUUUUAAACGGUGUAUGAUGUCAAUCCAUUAUUUGUUAAUUUCUUGAAUGAGUAAAUGUACCUCUACG